AUGAGCAGCGCGGAGCCGCCGCUCGGGGCCGGGCCGCGGGCUCAGCCCGCCUGGAAACGGGAGAUCCUGGAGCGGAAACGGGCCAAGCUGGCCGGGGUGGCCGGCGGCGAGCCGGAGCCCUCGGCGGGGGAGCGGCUGGUGGUGGCGGAGAGCCUGGGCCCGCUCCGCGAGAACCCCUUCAUGCGGCUGGAGAGCGAGCGGCGGCGGCUGCGGCAGGGGCUGGCCGGGCACGGCCCCGGGGCAGCGCGGCCGCUGCAGCAGCUGCUGGAGCUGUACAGCGCCGUGCCCGGCAUCCGCACCAUCCGCGCCGACAACAUCAUCAUCAUCGAGUCCCAGCCCGACGCCGCCGGCUGCUUCGCCGAGGGGGACGCGCUGCCCGGCCGCCGCCGGGACACGGCCGCCUCCUCUUCCUCCUCCUCCUCCUCCCCGCCUAAGCACCCGGACCCGCUACGGGAGCUGCUGUCCCGCCGCGGGGCUGCCCUCGCCGAGAUCCGCGCUGACCAGGUCGUUAUCUACGAGGCGGCCGAGCCCGAGGCUGCCGAACCGGGCACCGUCAGCCGCCUCCUGGAGAAGUUCGGGCAGCGGCCGCGGGGCCGCCGACGCCGCGUCGGGGAGACGCUGGUAGGGCCCGGGCCCCGCUCCGUGCCUGGCGGGCCGGCUGCCCCUCCGCAGGUGGGACCGGGCUCCCCCCGGGCCGAGCCGCCCCCUACUCAGGCGGUACCGGGCUCUCCUCGGGCCUCGAAGCCUCGCCAGAGGAGACCCGGGUCCCCGCGGGCCUCGUCCCCGAAGGCGAGACCGCGAUCCCCGCAGGCGGUGCCGGCCGCUCCCCAGCCUCUGCCGGCUCCACCCCGGGCUGUCCCCGAUAUCCCCGCGGCCCCCCAGCCCGUAGCCCCUGCUCCCCCUAAGGCUGUCACCCCCCAGCCCGUGUCCCCUGCUCCCCCCAAGGCUGUCACCCCCCAGCCCGUAGCCCCUGCCCUCCCCAGGGCUGUCACCGCCCAGCCUGUGUCCCCUGCUCCCCCCAGGGCCACAGCCCCCCAGGCUGUCCCAGCCGCCCCUAAGCCCACAGCCCCCCAGGCCAACUGCUUUCUCCACAAGAUCGGCUCCAACUCCUUCACUGUCACCCCCCGGGGGCUGCCCCCUGGUAGCCGUCUCCCCGAGCCCGGUGCUGUCCCCGCCGGCCGUCCCGCAGUGGCCAAGGGGCCACCAGUGCCAUCCGCCAGCGCUUCUCAAGCCAGAGCCAACGCCAGGAGGCCAAAGCCGGAGGAGGCCAAAGCGGCUGUGCCCCCCCAGCCCAGUGCCAGUCUGGCCCCCAGUGCCACCGGCUCCACGCAGCCUCUCUCCUCCUCAGCCCCUCGGGCCGGGGGCUCCUUUGACAUCCUCCCAGCCCCCAAGCCCGACUUGGCUGCCAUCCCAGCCCACGACCUGCAGGCCCAGGCCCUGGCCAAGCUGCGCCUCAAUUCACGCAAUUCCUUCCUCUUCGUGCCCCGCCGGGAGGGCAGCCCGGCUCUGUCCCCAAGCGCCAGGCCAGGGCCACCACCACCACCACCGUCCUUGGAGGAGAAGGCACCCAAGGAGCCCUCCAGGGCUUCCGCCCCGGAGCAGGAAGAGCCUGUCACUUCCCCGCCGGCGCCUCUGGAUCCGUUGGUACCUGUGACUUACAUCGAUGACAUUGUGGAGCUGGACAACGGGGAGCUCUCCCCCAAGAGCUUGGCUGUGAGGGCAGGGAGCUUGGCGGAUCAUCCCGGAGGAGCCGGACCUGAGCUGGACAUGGAGGUCUCCUCUGUGCCCCUCUACAGACCACACUCUGCCCCUCAUCAGAGAGGAGGCAGCACCUUCACUGUCGUGCCCAAAAAGAAGCCCUCUGGGCUGCAGACUGUCACUGAUGCCAUCGGAAAGCCACAGCGGGAGGAAGAGGAGGAGGAGGAGGAGAGCAGAGGAAGAGGCAAAGCUGCAGAGAAUGCUGUUGGGCCCCAAGCAGGGGUGUCCCAUAAAAAGCGCUACCCCACAGUGAAUGAGAUCGAAGUGAUCGGGGGGUACCUGUCCCUGGAGAGGUCCUGCAUGAGCAAGACAGGCUCCCGACGCAAGAAGAUGAAGAUCUCUUUCAAUGAGACGAGUUUGCAGACCAUGUUUGAAUAUCCAUCAGAGAGCUCACUGGCAGAGGAGGAGGAGGAGGAAGAGGAAGGCCAUGUUUCUGAAACAGAGGAGGACAAGUCUUCCACCCUUUACCUUCCACGCCCAAACAGCACUUUGCAUCCCAAUGCACCCAACUCAGAUUUAUCCAGCUACACCCCAAAGCACUCCGUGAAGUUCAGUGAGUGGCAGGAGCAGAAGUAUGAGGAGGUGCCUGCUGCAGAGGGAACCCUCCCAAAGGAAGUGGAUGGCCAUGGGACCCAAGUCAUGCUCACCCCGGCAGAGAAGGGAGGGCUCUCGGAUUUCAGCAGCGAACCUGCUCUCUAUUUCUGAUGGCUCCAUCCCCCGGGCUGCAGCAGCGGCUGCUGGGCACACGGUGUCACUGCACCUCCGAGCCACCGCCGAGAUCAGUCUGGGUCCCUCCUCCACCGCAGGUUUAACUGGAUCCUGAUGCCAAGGGUGGGCUGGAUGCUAUCGAGCAUCUUCGGAGGUUAUUUGCACUGGAUUCUGGGACCUAACUACUGCUUUUAAGGCGUAUGAUUUAUUCUGCCUGUGGCCUUGCAUAUUCCUUGUUCAAGAUCAAGCAUCAUAAACCAGAUCCGUAAUCCUGGGAUGGAUGUGGAUUCUCUCAGUGUUUAUCUGAGACCACCCAUCCAGGCACGGGGGUCUGGACAGCUUUUGUAGCCCCUCUUAUGCCAGAAGCCCCAGUGAAGAAUGGUUCUGGAGCUGGAGGACUGGGAGCAUCUGGGCAGUGAGCUGGGUUGGGAUUUGACAGGUAAAUUGGGGGUCAGUUUGGGAAACCCUUGGAGGUUUGUUGGUUUGUUCUCAGCACGUUUCUGGGUCUGGUUUCUCUGAACCAUCGUGGAAUUUAUGUGCCAGUUACAUUCUUGUGAAGGAAGCUGAAUGCAGUGUGAGGGGUGGGGAGGUGGAAUAAAAGCUUUCAGCUUUAGGUGGCAUUUUUACACUGAUCUAUAAAGGAGCAUCCAGACUGGCUUGAGCCUCAUGAAGACUCCCAAACAUUGGCCAUAGCUUUGAUCUGUGUACCCAGCCCUGGCUUCCAGUCUGCAGUAACUGCUGAUUGUGCUUCAGUUUGCCAGUUUCUCCUCUUGCUUUGUUCCAGCAUCUCACUGGGUAAGAUUUAUCUGUCUUGGGUGUCAGGGAGGCUUCCCCUGGCCCUGCUCACUCUGCUCCUCUCACACAAGGCAUGGGAGGGCCAUUUCACUCCUUUCUACUGCAGAACUUGAACAAGGAAUGUGGUUUUUUUUUUCUAGGAUUUUUAUAGUUCUAUUGUAAUUGUUUAAUGCAGCCAAUAUGCAAAGGAAUCUGCUAGAUUGUUCCAUUUAAGUUUUCUACUACUGUAAACUCAGGGUCAAAAUUGCACUCUGGAGAAGACGGAACACUGCUGCUAAUGUGAUUUGUACUUCUGGGAUUAAAAGAGAUGUGGUUGGAAUAGA